UAUGACGUCACAUUGAAGUGUUUACAAAUGGCGAAUAAUUUUCACAACAUCGUUUUCUUAACGUGCUCAUUAUUAAUAUUAUUUACCGUUCGUGUAUCGAAAUGCAGUCCCGUAACACCAGCUGCAACAGGUGGACCUUUGCCAAAUGUCGAAAGUAGUCGUUCCACUGGGGCCUCAACAGAUGGACCAUUGCCCACGACCUCAAGUAGCCAUUAUACUGUAGCCCAACCAGGUGGACCUUUACCAACGACCCCAAGAAGUCAUUUCAGACAAGUCAUACCCCUCGUCCUGAAUAAACUGGGUUUGUCAGACGUCUCAGAGAUGAAUGAUCCAUGCGAACCCAACCCAUGUCUGCACAGAGGACAGUGCCAUCUGAACCCAUCCCAUAAACCCGAGAAGUACAUGUGCGCAUGCCCACUCGGCAGGAUGGGACAGAUCUGCAACGAAACCGUAUCGGACUGUGACCGUCUUGACUGCAUCACCCUCUCUGACUGCCUCUCCACGCCGGAUGGCGCUCUGUGCGUCUGCGAUUCUGGGGACUUUGGGCAUUUCUGUUCAUUAUCCAUGCGGAAAACUACGGAAUGGCAGAAAAUUCGGAAGUCGCUCUUGGUCCAGACAGUGGUAAUUUCGGAGGCCAUUUUGUUUGGGAUGGCGGUUGUCUUCGCUUUGGUUUUCGUCAGUUGCCUUAUCCACUGUUGUCGUGUUGCGAAACUGCACCAAACCCACAUGGAGAUGUAUAAAGAUGUUGUCGAUAAUGGCAAAGUGCCAACGGAGGUCCCACCGGGCUGGCCGGAAGUUAGUCGUGACCUCAUCAAGACGACGAUAUGCUGUGGGAAGUCCUCUCUGCCAGUGAAUUAUGGAAUUUCGAUAACAAAGUCGGAGCAAAAGAACAAGAAGAAAGAUAAAGAUAAGGAAAAGAAAAGCAAGGAGAGUAAGAAAGGAAAAAAGGACCGAGACGACCAGAAUGACAAUUACCAUAGAGUUCAGAAUUGAUGGUGUCCACUCCCGGAGAUUGUCCUGCUGUCAGACUGCGCACUGCCUCCUCCACCUCGUCCUUUAGUAUGGACGGACUGAUCACCAGGUAAGACAAACUUAUUUUACUGUUCCUUAACAAUGUUCGUUUUGAACUACAGGUAUUCCACACAUUGUUUUGUUGUUAGUUAACGCAUUUAAUGACAUUUAAAAAAUGUAAAUAUUUAAAACAAGUCCCUGUUAAGUGACUGGUUUUCACAUUCAAAUUUACGAAGUAUGUGCGCUGUAGCGUUCGUUUGUUCAAUAUGAGGGUUCUUAUCCCAGAUUCCGCUUUUUUUCAACCUUAUUCCUUGAUUGUAUGGUCUUUAAAGAAAAAACAACUAUUCCCAAAAAAUGUACUCUGAACAGUCUUUGAAUAUUUUAAUUUCAUAAUGCCAAAAUACGUUAAUCUGUUAACAAGUAUCAUAAUAUACAUUUAUUAUUCUUUGCUACGAUCUCGUUAUCGAUACUCUCUAUCAUAUAUAUAUGGGUCGUGCUCGCGGAAAAAGGGGUGUAAUGCAUGUGCGUAAAGAGCCGUCCCAGAUUAGCCCGUUCGAUCCACACAGGCUUAUCUGCGACGACACUUAACUAAACUUGAUUUUUGCUACGAGGAUACUUUUUUUAAACGAAAAAUACCAUAGAAGCGGAAAGUGCCGUCCUUGAAUAGCCUGUGCGAAACGGACUUGUUUGAAAAUAUCUGGGCUAAUAUCUCAGGCGAUUCUGGGACGACACUUUACGUACAUGCAUUUAACUUUUCUUAUAUUAAAUAAUAAUAAGGUGCAUCAACACACUUUUCGAUCAUCUCCCUUUGACUACCACAUGUUAACUGGUUCCCCGUUGAAUAUAACCGUUGACUAUAAUAUAUAUACAUAGAGAGUAACGAUAGAUAAGGGGAGGUAACCAAUCUAUACCACAUGAUGCGAUGCGGUUUAUCUCCCUUUUACUACCCUAUGAUACAAUACUGGUUAUCUCCCUUUUACUACCCGAUGAUACGAUACAAUUUAUUGGGUUCAUACAUUAAUUGCUAUUAUUGCAAACUCAAAAACCUAUAUUUCAAAAGUAUGGGAAAAUCUGGAGCAGGACAUGUAAAAUACAUAACAGAACCUUGAUUUAAAAAAGGACAGAAAGUGCAAAUUUCAUUAAAAUACCAUAUUUAACUUAGCGCAUCAUAAACAAUACGAUUUUAAUCUUAUCAUCUUUAGUCUAUCUGCUGGCAUGCGAAAAUGUAUGUGUUGGAUUGAUUGAUUAAAAUUAAUUAAAUCGCUUUCUGGAUUAACGGGGCUUAAUGCUAAAUGUGUCCCACAAAUUGGCAUGUGCAGUCCUAAACUGAAUUAACGCUAAGAAGAGACCUUUAAGCGAAAAAUACCAUUAAAAAUACCAUUAAAAAUACCAUUAAAAAUACCAUUAAAACGGAAAGUGUCGUCCCUGAGCAGCUUGAGCGGACUGCUCAGAUUAAUUUCGGACGUACAUUUAUUUAAUCAUUAUUGUCCUGAAAUCGUUUUGAAAUUUUCAGUUUAAUAAUUCAUUGCUUACAAUAUCAAUCUACUAAAGAAUUGAGUCAGGAGCUUCUAAUUAAUAAUAAUUAACCUUCAAUUCAAUUAAAUUCGGAUGCCCAUCACAUACUGACUUUUUUUUAAAGUUUGAAGAAUCAACUGAACGGAGAUUAAUUGUCUGCUACAAUGACAGUAAAAUUUGGCUGAUCAUAUAGAAGGCAUAAAGACGUAAUAAAAUCUUUUUAUUUUAAAACAUAAAACAUUAAAAUAUUCUGUUAAUUUUUAGAAAGACCCCGAAAUUACAUUAUUACCUCUAAUGUUGACAGUUUUAUUUUCAAAACUUACGCAUUUACUUUUCUUUUAGUUUCACAUUUAAAAUAAGACACCAAUAUGAUAUUCAUAAAUAAAUAAAAUACAUUCAGAGACAUAAUUUCUGCAAUACUUGUAUUAUGAAAAAAUGUCAAUAGACUUACUAAUUCACAAGUCGAUUAAAAACCUCUAUAAAAUGUCAACACCGACAAGAACUUGCGUACUUUAAAGCUAAUUCUUCAACUUCGUAUUAUUGUUGUCAUAAUUUGUGAUCCUCCAAGAAUAAAUGCCAGACAGUAUCUCGGGGCAUUAUCUGACAAUAACACUCGAUUCGUACUUCGCCAUUCCUAAUCAAGACGAACAUUACAAUCGUCCAGGAUAUUGAGAAUUAAUCAUUUAAAUAGGAUACGUGAAGCUAUUUUCUUGGCUAUCUUAACAAAAAUCUUAUUCUAAUACUGUUAUAAGACGUCCUGAUUCGCAGAUACUCGCUCGAAAGUACCGUCAUUUACGUUUAUAAUUAACUGGAAGGGAUUUUCGGAUACAUCUUUUGCCGGACAUGUCGUCUGCUAAGACGCCUUUAUAGCCAUUUGCUGUCGAAUUAUUGUUCCCUGGCGUACUGGGAAGAACGAUAGCUUUGCAAGUCUGACUACCAGAACGAUCAGAAGACUUAGUGAAUACCAUUAAACCAAAUUGAAGACAAUUUGUUCGAACCCGGUAGUCGUUUUUCUGUUUGUUUUCCUGUUGUUUUCAUUGUGUUCACAUUGGCCAUCGAGUUUGUGAUUAUCGGCGACGGGAAAGGAAUAUAACAGCUCCCUGUAACUGAGCUGUAGAAUGUCAAAUAAAUUAAAUUGUGGUACUUUC